AUGUAUGUUGGAUACCUACUGGAUAAAGAAAGCGGCAUGUAUCACCAAGGGCCUGUAAGAAGAUCAAGCAUCAAUCUGCCUCCACAGAAUUUUGUUUCAACACCACAGUACCCCGACUUUACUGGAUACCAUCAUGUGCCAAACAUGGAUACGCACCCACAGUCUACGGGGAGCUGGGGGCCUUCAUAUAGCGCCCCUCGAGAGGACUGGGGUGCUUAUAGUUUGGGACCCCCUAAUACUAUUCCUACGCCCAUGAAUAACUCAUCUCCUGGACAGGUUCCUUACUGUUCAAACGAGUACGCACAUAUGCAUCCUCCGGGAUCUGCGGUAUUACAACCGCCACCGGACAGCGUUAAUGUUGCACAACUUUCUCCUGGCAGGGAAAGGCGUAAUUCAUACCAAUGGAUGAGCAAAACUGCGCAAUCGUCGUCUACAGGUAAGACAAGGACGAAGGAGAAGUACAGGGUAGUGUACACAGACCAUCAGAGAUUGGAGCUGGAGAAGGAGUUUCAUUUCAACAGAUACAUCACCAUCAGAAGGAAAUCUGAGCUGGCUGUCAACCUCGGUCUGUCGGAAAGACAGGUGAAAAUAUGGUUUCAGAACCGCAGAGCUAAAGAGAGAAAGUUGAUCAAGAAAAAGAUGGGUCAGUCCGACGGCAGCAGCGGGUCUGUGCACAGUGACCCGGGUUCAGUGAGCCCUCUGCCGGUUCCGGGGUCUCUCAGUCCCACGGACAUCCACGGCUCUAUGUACCCUCCUCAGGGAAUGAACACCUUGCCCUCUAUCAGGAAUAUACAGCAAGUGACUGUGACUCAGUAG